UAAAACUCGUGGAAAUAUUCCACCAGUGAGUUUCCACGCGUGAAAAUGAUCCGAGUGCGAAUGGAGAUCGGGAAAUAAGGGCAAUCCAGAGGCUUAAGUGACGCGUGAGCGCGCAGAGACCCGGAGAGAAACACAGAAAGAAAAAGAAAGAAAGCUGCAGGGAGGGAGGAAAGAUCGCUUAUGAUAAUGAUGAUGAUAAUGAUGAUGGCCUAGAGACAACAGGAGUUAUUCCUCCUCCUGCUUGACUGGAUCAUGACUUGAAUUUUACGCAUAGAAAACAAAAGGCGUUUGCGCGCACUUUUGUUUUUGCGCAAGGAUGUUUUUGGAGAAAAUAAGACACUCACUACAGUCUAACAGCCAUUCUGCUGGUCUAAAGUCACACAUAUGAGAGGGAAUAGCGGUUUUGCGCAUUACUAAUGUGUGUGCGCGUGUGCGCGUAUGUGUGUGCGCGCGAGUGUUUUCCCGUGACUGAUGGCAGUGGAACCCGAGCGCAACGGUUACGUGCGCACAUGUGUCUCUCCCGUGGAGCAGGACCCAUGUCACUCGUGGCUGGCUCUGAUAUGGUGCGCGUGGAGAUCUAGGAGUCUCGUGUGCGUCGGCUCGUUCUCAGUGUUCCUAGCGCUGCUAGUUCAAUCCGCGGACUGGGAUGCGGAGCGCACGCACGCACACUCGGGAUCUCCCGAGCCGUAUGUGGUGACGCUCGUGUGGCAACUGCUGUCUCCCGCGCUCACCCUCGUGUGUGCCUUCUUCUGGGUGGGUGUGUAUCUGCUCCGCUGCGGGGUUCUCGUCCGCACGGCCGUGUUCCUGCUCACCGUGUGCCAUUUGGGCGAAGCGGCGGCGCAGUCGCUGUUGGAUGCACAGCAGCUCUACUCGUUCGCGGCCACCGCGCUGGUGCUGCUCGCCUGCCUGGCAAGCGGGGCGCUCAUGGUGGUGCGGCUGGGUCAAGGCGUCUCCGUGCUCGUCUUCAUCAGCAUCGUCAGGACCGUUUCGCUGCUCUCUCUGCAGAAGGUGCGCGCCAGCUGGAGACCCUACUUGGCGUACCUGCUCGGGGUGCUGGGGGUCCUACUGGCGAGGUAUGCGGACAGGCUGCUGCCGGACCAGGGCGCAGCACACCGGGAGGGAUCGAGCGCGGAGAUUCCGGUAUUUAAGAGGCGCAGGAGGUCCAGCUCUGUAGUUUCGUCAGACAUGGCACAGCACGGGCAGUCCGGAGGCAAAUCUCACCGGAGAACAUCGCUGCCCUGCCUGCAGAGAGAGCAGAUGCUCCCACAGCAAGAAUGGGACCACAAGAGAUGUGCCCGGGGAUCUCAGUCUUCAGGCACCAGUGUGAAUGUGGACAUUGCUGUUAUGGGUGAGGCCCAUGGUCUGAUCUCAGAUCUGCUAGCGGACCCCUCCCUCCCGCCCAAUACCUGCAGCACGCUGCGGGCCGUCAGUAACCUGCUGAGCACGCAGCUCACCUUCCAACCGCUGCACCACCGCUGCCCUCCACGCCUGAGUCCCCUGCUGGCCUUCAGCGAAGGACACACCUGUUCCGACUCAGAGGAGGUGCCGGAAAAGGGAGAAAGGCUGGCCACCCCCAAGCGCUUAAGGCGGAGUUUGCCUCCAGGGCUUUUGAGACGGAUUUCUUCCACGUGGACCACCACCACCUCAGCCACGGGCCUGCCGACACUUGAACCCGGGCCGGUCAGGCGAGACCGCAGUGCCAGCAUCAAAUCAACUCACGAUGGCCCUUCCAGCAGUUUGGUGAACAGUGACUCAUGGAACAACACUGUGAUGCUCACUAUCUCCAAGAGCAGGUCCAUGUCUGCUUCAUAUGCUGCCCCAGCUACCAACCACAUCUAUAGCAAAAGCCGAAGAGGUUACCCUUCCAACAUCUCACCUUUGGUGUCACCCUGCCACUCCCCCCCAGCCCAGGGCACGCCGGUGAACAGCCCCACCACCAAAACCCCUUCAGUGGAGCUGCCUGACCCAGAGCUACCGCAGGAGGACAGAACCCCACCACAGAGCCCCCACAAAGCCUUAACGCACAGUCAGAGUGCACCCAGCUCCAGUACGACACAGUGGGCACCACCUCCUCUCUGUAGCAGCUGUGGACGACCGUAUAGUAAACUGAGACAUGGUGAUGGAUCUAUAGACAUGGGGGACAGAACCCAGCAGUCAGAAGAGCCAGUGACAGUGUCAUCAGACUAUGACAGCACCUAUGAGACCAACCACAGUGACAGCAGCGACUUUGCACAGAACGAGGAGGACGAGAAGGGUCACAAAAAACCCUUCGACCCCGCAGGCCCCUGUGGGACAUACCGGCCCAAGGCACUAACAUUGACCACACUCAUACCACAAGAGGAGAAGCAUAUUCUGGCCCCGGAGCAGCUGGUAAUGGAGGGACUCGAGCCCCUCAUGAGUCAAAUCAACAACUGGAACUUCCCCAUCUUCAGUCUGGUGGAGAAAACCAAUGGCAGAUGUGGCUGCAUUCUCAGUCAGAUGUCCUACCGGCUGUUCGUUGACACAGGACUUUUUGAGACAUUCAAGAUUCCAGUGAGGGAGUUCAUGAAUUAUUUCCACGCUCUGGAGAAUGGAUACAGAGACAUCCCAUAUCACAAUAGAAUUCAUGCAACUGAUGUCCUCCAUGCGGUUUGGUACCUCACCACCCAACCUGUGCCUGGUUUACCUACACUAGCCCAUGUCCAGGGAUCACUCAGUGACUCAGAAUCUUUAGACUCUGACAGCGGGCAAGCUUAUGGGCGCACAAAGCACCUGAUUUCGAGGACGUAUCCUGUAGAAGAGGAGGGUUACGGCUAUCUGUCCAGUCUCAUUCCUGCCCUGGAGCUGAUGGCUCUUUACGUAGCGGCUGCAAUGCACGAUUACGAUCACCCUGGCAGAACCAACGCUUUCCUGGUGGCCACCAGCGCUCCACAGGCCGUGCUUUAUAAUGACCGCUCAGUGCUGGAGAACCAUCACGCAGCGUCCGCCUGGAACCUCUUUAUGUCACAACCUGAGUACAACUUCCUGGGCACUCUAGACCAUAUGGACUUCAAACGCUUUCGCUUCCUGGUCAUCGAGGCCAUUCUCGCCACUGACCUUAAGAAACACUUUGACUUCCUGGCUGAAUUCAAUGCCAAGGUGGGGGAUGAUGGUUGCUCGGGCAUUGAUUGGACAAACGAAAACGACCGACUCCUGGUGUGUCAGAUGUGUAUUAAAUUAGCGGACAUCAAUGGACCCUUGAAAAGCAAAGAACUUCAUUUGCAGUGGACAGAAGGCAUUGUCAAUGAGUUCUACGAGCAGGGUGAUGAAGAGUCGAGUCUUGGCCUUCCAAUUAGUCCCUUCAUGGACCGUUCAGCACCGCAGUUGGCCAAACUACAGGAGUCCUUCAUCACGCACAUCGUAGGGCCUCUCUGCAGCUCAUAUGACUCUGCCGCCCUCAUGCCCGGGCGCUGGGUCGACCCUCUGCCCAAAGAUGGUGAGGAUUGUGAGGAGGAGAUAGACGAAGAGGAUGAGGAAGACUCGCCUGAGGAAGACACCUCCAGCAGCUCAGAACUGUCUCAGAAACCAGCUCCCAGGAAACGCCGGAAAGUUUUCUGCCAGAUCACACAGCACCUUCUGGAGAACCAUGAGAUGUGGAAGAAGGUCAUUGCAGAAGAGGCUCAAAACAAAACAGAAGGGGAGGACUCCACAAUCCUCAGUAACACCCCUGAGCCAAUCCUGGCCAUCGAUGAAGAAGAAGAGGAUCCAGGAAGCAAGGAUGAACAAAUAGAAGACCAGGAAGAGGAGACAGAGGAGGAGGAGGUGGAGAGUCCUCUACCUGAACAGACAGAGGAAACAGAUGGAGAGAUUGUAGAGGAAGUAGAGGAGACUGUGAACCGAGACACAGCAACUGUAGAAGAUGUGGAGCAAAUGGGAAAAAUAGAGGAAACGGAAGAUGGACAGAGAGACGAGGAUCCAGAAUGAAUGGCUUGCCAUUUUUAGACAAAAUUAUGUCUGAAAGCUUUUUAUUGGCAAGCAAGACUCCUAAGAAAUGGUUGCCAGCACAUCACUUAGACACAACACUGUAGAUGCUUGGGGAACUUGUGCCUAAUGGAAACAGUGUGGGGUGGGUCACUUUGGAGGGUUUUGAGGAACAAUGAGCAGGGAUGAAUUAUUGGCGCCAAUGGGAUUGUAGACACAUCCAACAAACUGGGGUUUGACCUAGUUGCUGAAACAUAGAGUUCUUGAUGGAGGGUCUCCUAUAUUUUCUAGACGCUACGUUGGUCAGUUUUGGUUUCUGAAUGCAAAUCCUUCUGGCGACACCCUCAGCUGCACCUUAAUGAAGACUGCCAACCCCCAAAGUACGACAGGGGUUCCAAUGACCCAGAAGGCUUGUCCGAGCUUAUAGCGUCAAAUUUGGGAACACAAAAUCCAAUCCAUCGUGACUCUCGCAAGGAGUCUCCUUAAGGGCAUUUUGCCUCAAUUGGUACUCCAUAAUAAGCAAUGGAUGAAAGCAAAUGUUCCAGAUACAGCAUGCAUUUGUGGUAAAGAGAUAUCACGUGUGUAACACAACGUCCCCAUGUCUUGUCUUGUUCUUUUCCUUUCAAGAGGCCCAUUGCACACCUCUGCAAGGUCACGGGCCACACAUUGUCACUAUUGCAAACAAUUGCACCAUUGUCCUGAAGGUGUCUAGCCAAAUACCCGUCAUUCUCGUCCCUGACCUGAACGUUUGUCUUUCCUCCAACGGCAUUCCAGCAAUCCAUGGACUGAGAUUUUAUGUUUCUCAGGAUUAGACUGUUUUGUGACAACUGUACUAGGGGCUUUUUUUUUGGUUUUUACGGACUCUCUUGAAACUUUAUAAUCUUUUGAAUCUUGAUUUGUGUCAAGGAAAAGGGAAUCUUUAAUUAUUUUCUAAUAUUUGAUUUCUCAUUGUUUUACAUGGUGAUUUGAUAUUUACAAUAUAUACAGUACAUACAUAUACAGUAUACAUCACCCAGCUCUGUUUUGAUGAGGUAUGCAAUAGUACAUCAUUUAAUCCCUCUUGACAUAUUCUCGGAUCAGCAGCCAGCAUUUUCCUGACAUAUGUCGUUGUACCAUCCACAACUCAACAGUGCAUCAAAACACAGCGCUUGCAUGGGCCCUCUGUCUUUCUGUUCCUACAUUUACAUUUAAGCUUCUUAGUAAACUGCUCCAGCAAGUUUUGAUAGUUAAGUAAACUGCCCUGGCAGUUUUCGAUGAUCAAAGGAGCAGAUUUGAGCUCGUGGCCGAGGGGGGCUGCUGCAUUAACUGCAGUUGCAUGUUCUGGCUCAGAACAAGGCCGUAGUUAUGAUUCCCGGCCUUGUUGCAGAGACACUGCAGUCUUAUAAGUAGGCGUGUGAGCGACUGCGAGUUCCUCAUACCCACAGCCCAAGGGACAAGGUGCAAAACAUCACCCCUCUCACUUGAAUGGACCCAAAAACCAUGCGGGUGCCAGCCGACACGGCUGUCCACGCUCACCUUUGAUGUACUGAAAGAGGCAGAUUGCUCAUGACGGCCGUUCAAGGCGAGAUGAAACAACCUCUGUGGGCUUAAUCACCUUGAGUAUGAUGUCUAAUCAGCCUGAGUCCGAAGCCUUCGGUCUUUGUAGCAUCACUUUGAAGGAGAGCCAAUUAACAUUGCCUUGGUAGGAGGCGACGGUCAUGUGAUUCAAACCCGUUUAGCAUUAAUCUUCAGAAACGUUACCCUGCGAUCGCAAUGCGGCCUAAGGCUUAAUAAUAUCAGGCGACUUGGUGCAAUGUAGUUCAGCAAAUUAUUUAAGCAAUAUUAACCCUAUUUGUAGAUUGGUAGCAUUUCAAGUUGCACUUUCUUUGUUUUGAUGCUGUGUAUUCUUUCACAGCUCAAGUGUGUGUGCCAAAUAUGACUUCAAAAUCAUUCUUAAUCUUUCCCCAAAGUAUGGCCAGUGGCUGAAUAAGCAUGUAAAGGCCAAUUGUGUUUGUGAGCGUGAAUGCAGUAUGAAUGCUAUUUUUGUACAAUGCUUUAUUUAGAGCAUAUAUUUUAUUUCUGCAUUUGAUCAUUAGAGAUAUUUUAACCUGUUAAUGCAUGAAUUAAUAAAUAACAAAUAUGUUUUGUUUCUAUUUAUGUGAAAGUAUGAAAAUAUAUAUAUAUAUAUAUAUAUAUAUAUAUAUAUACACACACACAUUGGCAUCCAAAAGUUUGGAAUAAUGUUCAUAUUUUGCUCUUAAGGAAUGAAAUUGCUACUUUUAUUUACUGGCAUUCAACUGAUCACAAUGUAUAGUCAGGAAAAUAAUAAUGUGAAAAAAUACUAUAAUACUAUAAAUGUUCAGAACUUCUUAAACUACUUCAAGUUCUCAUAAAUAAAAAAGUUGUGCAGCAAUGACAGCUUUGCAGAUCGUUGGCAUUCUAGCUGUCAUUUAUUCCAGAUACUCAGGUGACAUUUUACCCUACUCUUCCUGUAGCACUUGCCAUAGAUGUGGCUGUCUUGUCGGGCACUUUUCACACACCUUACAGUCUAGCUGAUCCCACAAAAGCUCAAUGGGGUUCAGAUCCAUAACACUCUUUUCCAAUUAUCUGUUGUCCAAUGUCUGUGUUUCUUUGCCCACUCAAACAUUUUCUUUUUGUUUUUCUGUUUCAAAAGUGGCUUUUUCUUUGCAAUUCUUCCCAUAAGGCCUGCACCCCUGAGUCUUCUCUUUACUGUUGUACAUGAAACUGGUGUUGAGCGGGUAGAAUUCAAUGAAGCUGUCAGCGGAGGACAUGUGAGGUGUUUAUUUCUCAAACUAGAGACUCUGAUGUACUUAUCCUCUUGUUUAGUUGUACUUCUGGCCUUCCACAUCUCUUUCUGUCCUUGUUAGAGACUUUAUCUUUGAUGACUAUUGUUACACCUUUGUAUGAACUCUUUAUUGUAUAGCCUUCAUUCCUCAAAACAAUGCUUGACUGACAAGUUUCUAGAGAAACUUUCUUUUUGCCAUUUUUGAUGUAAUAUUGACCUUAAUUAAAACAAAGACAAUGUUAAGCUUCAUUUAACGAACCAAACAGCUUUCAACUGUGUUUGAUAUAAUGGCAAGUGAUUUGAAUGACUUUUUUCAAACAGUGAUGGUGCUGUUUUUACAUCAGUAAUGUUCUGACUAUACUUUGUGAUCAGUUGAAUGCAACUUUGGUGAAUUAAGUACCAAUUUCCUUCCGAAACAGCAAAAUAUGUACAUUAUUCCAAACUUUUGUCCACCUGUGUGUGUGUGUAAAUAUACACAAAGGUUAGUUCGGGUCCACAAAUCUGAUUGGACGAGAAACGUUCCAUGAGAACUGAUGGACUCACACCAUCAGCACUCCAAUGCAUCACUGUGUUUAUCACUCCGCUUGUGUUUGUGCCGUUCUAAACUAAAGUGUAAGAGCAAUGCGUAUGUGUUAAGAGCUAUAUGUGUCUCUUUAUAUUUAAUUAUGUGACAUUACAUAUAUUGAUCAGCAGGUGGCGGUAAAACACAAUUUUUGUGUGUAAAAUGAUACAGGUGACAUGAAGUCAGCGUCAGUCAGUGUUUUCAUUCAUCAGCACUCCUUGAUCGCUCAUAUUACUACUACACUACAUAAGCUUGGAAAUAGCUUAAAACGGUUUUAAACUAACAACAUCAGCAUUAAGGCUCCUCACAGCUGAGAGACACAACAGACUAUAAUACAAACUCAAGGUGCUUACCUUUUACUGGACUUUCCACAUUGGAGAGGACAAAUGGUGGAGGACAUUGCAGUUUCUAUAGUGAAAGACUCCUGCGCACAUACUACCGUGAAAUAGGGAGGAAUACCCCCGCUUUUAUGGCUAUUUUUCCACUGAGAAAAUAGGAUGAAUUUGAUGAAAAUUACAUUAUUUUCAGAUAACACACUACAGCAUCUCUGCUUCGGAGAGACAGGUGAUUGCACAUGCUCCAUCUCUCUCUUGCUCUCUCUCAUACACACACGUACACAAAUACACACACAUCCUUGUUUCUCCAAUAACUUGUUAGAAACAGCACAAGCUGUUAUACUAUUUCUAAAGAGACAUUUUUUAAUUACUAACGGAGGUUUGGACGCAUCAUUUGGUUUUAACCAUCAACAGCAGAUUCUGAUCAUUCACAUAAGAAAGUAGUUCCAUGCACAAAUGCAUUUUUAUGACCGUACUCAAUUUUUCCUAAUUCUUUUUUAUUUUCUUGUUCAUUGAACUGUUGUAUAUAAGCAAUAUCACACUCGCAAUCGUGCUAUAUGGCCCUAAAUCAGCACCGAAUCACAGUAGUGCUGAUGUAGGGCCAUAUCGCACUCUUGCUCGUGUGAUAUUGCUUAAAUAACAUUGUUCCAUCUAAAACACAACCGAGCUUCUAAAGUCAGCACUUGCAUAUACCUCUUUUUCUUUGUCUCUUCCUACAUUUACAUUUAGGUUUGGGGUACAACGGGGCUAAAGGCCCCCUGGGGUAAAAGGCACAUGUAACUAAUGAAAAUCCCUGAAAUGAUCACAUUUAUUUGAAGACAAAAUACUUAUUUGUUAUUUUCUGUUUUGUUCAUAUUGAUCCAAUAUGUGAAAGGAUAAUAUUUGGGGUAACCCCCAAUUGAUUUAUGAAAAAUUGGGUUCAGCAUGGUCUCACAUUAAAUGAUCCAAUCAUGAGCGAGAUUGAUUUGUUCAUAAAAUACAUGUUAUGAAAUGUAAAAUUUGAUUUAAAUUACAGGAAAUGGUGCAGUCUUUUUUUAAGUGGUUAUUUUGAGCAAGCAUUAUCUUAAUUUGUUACUCAGAAAAGUAUCUUGCUGUUUCAAAAUUAUUUGCAUUAGUUGACACAUUUAGCACUAAAACUAUUGCCCGGGUAUCUACACUAGAUCAACACCUUUGUUCCCCUCUACACUUUUUUUUAGAAAAGUUAAUUUUAAUCAAAACAAUCCUCUUUUCACACUAAUUAUGUUGCUCCAUAAAUAUUCAAUAAAAAUACAUUUUUUUGAUCAAUAUACAUUUUUUGUCCAGAAAAAGGUGUGCCUUUAGCCCCAAUAUACCCCACUGUGUAUAUAUAUAUUAUAUUCUAUAUAAUAUAUAAAUAUUUUAUUUGUGUAAGAAUAUGAAUAGUGCUCUGAUUUCUUCUAUUUGUUUAUUUUUUUAUACUAAAUAAUUUUAGAUCUUUUAGAAACGAGAUAUAACAUAAAACAAAGGCAACAUGAGUAAACCCAAAAUACAGUUGUCAUAUAUAUAUAUAUAUAUUCUUUUAUUGAAGCAAAUAAAAGUUAUCCAACACCUGUAUCACCCAUGUGAAAAACUAAAUGCAUCUGAUAACUGGAGAUCAGUCUUUCACAACACUGGUGAAAUUUUGGCUCACUCUUCUUUGCAGGACUGAUUUAGUUCAGACACAUUGAACGGUUUCGACUUGGCCACUCCAAAGCUUAAAUUUAGCUUCUUUUGAGCCAUUCAGAGGUGGACUUGCUCCUAUGGAUCAUUGUCUUUCUGCAUAAUCCAGUUGCGCUUGAGCUUCAACUCACGGACUGAUGACGGGACGUUCUCCUUUAGGAUGUUCUGGUAGAGAGCAGAAUUCAUGUUUCCCUCAAUUAUUGCAAGUCACCCUGAAGCAGCAAAGUGUCCCCACACCAUCACACUACCACCAUCAUGCUUGACUGUAGGUCAUUCUGUGUUUGAUUUAGGCCAGAUGUAAUGAGACCCCGUCUUCCAAUCAGUUCCACUUUCAACUCUUCAGUCCACAGAACUUUCUCCCAAAAGGUUUGAGGAUCAUCAAGGUGUGUUUUGGCAAAUUUCAGACGAGCUUUAAUGUUCUUUUGGGCUGGCAAUGGUUUUCACCUCGUCACUCUUCCAUGGAUGGCAUUUUUGCCCAGUGUCUUUCUGAUAGUGGAGUCAUGAACGGUGACCUGUAUUGAUGCGAGAGAGGCCUGCAGUUCCUUGGAUGUUGUCCUUGGCUUUUUUUGUGACUUCCUGGAUGAGUCAUUGCUGUGCUCUUGGAGGAAUUUUGGAAGGUUGGCCACUUCUGGGAAGGUUCACUGCUGUGCCAAGUUUUCUCCAUUUGGAGAUAAUGUCUCUCACUCCAGAGCCCCAGAGCCUUUGAAAUAGCUUUGUAACCCUUCCCAGACUGAUGCACUUCAAUCACCUUUUCCUCAUGAUUUCUGUAAUUCAUUUCGACCUCGGCAUAGUGUGCUACUGGAGGAGAUAUUUUAGCCAACUUCAUGCUGCUGAAAAAGUUCUAUUUAGGUGUUGAUUUGAUUGAACAGGGCUGGCAGUAAUCAGGUCAGGGUGUGUCUAGUGCAGCUGAACCCCAUAAUGAAUGCAGUUUCAUAGAUCUAGGAAUUUAUCAAGGGGCAAAUACUUUUUCACACAGGCCCAGUUGGUAUUGGAUAACUUUUUUGCUUCUAUAAAUAACAUUAUCAUUUAAAAACUGCAUUUUGUGUUUACUCAGACUGCCUUUGUCUUAUGUUAGAUUUUGUUAGAUUUUUUUUUACAAUUUAGUAUGAGAUAUACACAAAAACAGAAGAUAUCAGGAUGGGGCAAAUACUUUUUUACGGCAUUGUAUACACAAACACACACACAUAUAAAUAUAUUGUAUUUUUAUCAGUAUAUAACAAUGACAUAAAGAGGACAGUCAUAAAUAAUAACACAAUGCAAUCAACGUCAUUCAACAAAGGGCUAAAUAAAUGAUGCACUUUGUCUACGUUCAGAUUUCCAAAAUAAUAUAAGCCAAUUAGUGUUGUCAAUUGCAUUGCGUUUGCCGUUUUAUGUUGUACUGUUGUUGCUUGGCAAAAGUUGUUAGAUCAGAAUUAAGUAUCUAUUGGCUCCGCCCCCUUUCAUCUUACUGCUCUGAAUUUUGUGAUUAUCAUAUGGGCAAUGGAGACACGUGUGGAUGAGGUCUGGGAAUUACCUUUCUUUGAGUCUUUGACCAUCAAAGUCAUUGACAUGAUAUGUCCUGAAGAUUAUUACUGUAGUGCUUUUGAUUUGUACAUCAUAACCUAGACUCAUCAAAGACAUUCAGACUCACCUUUUUCUCUUUUCCAGAGGUCCAAUAUUUCACAUUUACUUCCUUUCAGACUUUGUAUUAAAGUAUUUAUAAAAAUUGUAGAAUUCUACCCGCUUUACACGCUGGUUGCGACUGGCCAUUUCAGCUGAUGGUCACUCUAACAUUAUUGGUGGUCUGCGCAACUGCCCGCAGCUUUUGAAAAUCUGAUCAGAAAUAUGAUAUAUUGCCAGUCAAAAUAAGACGUCAAUCAAAUUAGAUAACAAAUCAGUUUUCUUGCUUGUAAAAAAUGAAUUGGCUGUCAGUCAUGUCACCGGACAUCCAAAGCUCUCAUUGUAAAUGAAUAAGUUCCAGUCACGCUGUGAGUGUGAACGCAACUUUAAACAGCCUUUCAAAUGAAGAAUCACUGGCUAGAGCACAGUUUAUGUUUUAAUUCUGGUUUAACGUGAUUAUAUUGGGGGGUUGGGUGGUUUAUGAGCAAAUUCUUUUAGGUUACAAACUGGUAAUUACAAGGGUAUUAUGCUAUAAAUGUGGUUUAUGAGGACAUUUGUAGUAUUCCAUAAUACAAAUCGCUUAUAAAACAUACUUAAAGUUUUUUGGAAAAUGAAAAAAUGCAGAAAAUUAUUUGUGAGGGUUAGGGGAUAUAAUCAAUAGUUCGUACAAUAUAAAAAGCAUUAUGUCUAUGGAGAGUCCUCAUAAUGAUAGCUGCACCAACAUGUGUGUGUGUGCGUGCAUGCGUGUGUGUGUUGGCAUGGCAGCAUGCUUUUCUGUCUUCCACUGUGCCCGUCAUCCAUUGGCCUUCGGCUCUGUUUGCGUUUGGUGGCUCUACGUAACGUCAAACUCUUCAUUCUGAAGGAGUGACAGAAGCCUUGCAGAACUGAUUUGGACAUGUUCAAGACUGAAACAUUUUCGCAGGGAAAUUAUUAUGUCUUAAAAACGUCUGUUUCUCACACAUCAGAUGCCCAUAGGGGUCAAAUAAAUGACAGUCUGUACAGUGCAUCUGAAAUAUCUUUGCAGGUAUUCUAGAAACACACCAUGACUUUUUAUCCCCCAAGAACUUUUUUGAUUUACAAAAGCCAGUUUGACUAGCACGUCAACUUUAUGGGGAUGUGGGCAUGAAAAACGUACGGUUCCACUUCCACCUCAUCUAAGAAGCUGAUCUUAUUUUUCUAUAUGUUUGCUUUGUAUUUCAUGUGCAUAACUAGUUGUUUCAUCUUCAACCGAACACGUUCACACGUUUUAUUCACCCUAAGAACCAAACAAGCUUUACACCUCUCUGAUAAAGAGAAAUGAGACUUGUAUGUUUGUUUAUAUAGUCGGCACUUCACUGACAAAAUUAUUAUUUUUCUUCUCACAUAUACUGUAUCUUGCACUUAACACAUGUAGCAAUACCUAAAGGAAGGGGAACUGUGUAAAUCACCAGUAUUCGUAAGUGAAAUAUUCAUUUUAUUGCUGAUUGUUGUUCCAUUUUGUACAAAAACUAUAGUGUGUACAGGUUAAAAGCUGAACGAAACAAAAACAAAGCCAAAAAAGGGACGAAAAAUAUGAUAAUGACAACUGAAGUCUUUUAGAUAAACAAACAUUAUUUAUUUUUACUGUUUUGUAAUUUAGACACUAUACUGUAGCUCCUCUAUUGCCAGACUUACUGGAAGUGCCUCUUGGUAUAAUGUAACAUACAGAAAAUAUAUAUUGAGAUUAUUAGAACCUGUCACAAGCUGAACAUUGUGGAUGUUGUAAUGUGA